CUGCUCCAACUUGGAUAGAGAGGGAGAGAUAAGAGAUUUAGGGUUUAGAACAAUUUCUUCAAUAAUUAUCUGUCAAUUUUUGUAAAAUUAACAAUCUUUUCUUCAAGUUCUCGCCAUCAGCAUCGCCAACAAUCUAAGUCGGAGCCAUGACUGAGUAUUGGGUCAGCCAGGGUAAUAAAUGGUGCGACUUCUGCAAAAUCUACAUAUCAAAUAAUCCUUCCAGCAUUAGAAACCAUGAGCUUGGUCAACGUCAUAGGGAAAAUGUUAGCAAGAAGCUUGCUGAUAUGAGGAAAGAGAAUGCUGCCAAGGAUAAGGAGCAAAAGGAAGCAGCCCGUGCUCUUGAACAGAUUGAAGCAAAAGCCAAGCGUAGCUAUCAGAAGGAUGUAGCUAAUCUUCAGUCCAGAGAUUCUAAUGCCGAUGCUUUAGAUGAUCAAGAGAAAUGGGAUUAUGAUGGCACUUCGGGCUACUACUUCAAUUCCAGCAACGGCCUUUACUAUGACCCAAAAUCGGGCUUUUACUAUUCUGAUGCUAUAGCCAAGUGGGUGACCCAGGAAGAGGCAUAUGCCACAGCUCAGAGUUCUGUGGAUUCCAAACAUAAACCCAGGAUGAAAGGUCCAUUACCAGCAUCAGGAGCAGGACCAAUUAAGGAAAAUAAAGAUUCUGUGAAAGGUCAAACUGGUCCUGCACCAGGGCCUGUUGUUUCUGCUUCACUAAAUCCAUUGAGAUCUGUCAAAGGUGCUCCAUCAUCGGUAACUGUUGGCAAGAGAAAGAGGGAAGAUAAUAAGCCAAAGCAGAAAGCAAAGCCCGUAAAUGCAGAAGAAGCAGCGGCACUUAAAGCUAGGGAGGCUGCAAGGAAGAGAGUCGAAAAGAGAGAGAAACCAUUGCUCGGUCUGUACCAGUCUCGUUGAUCCAGAACUGCGCAAGAAUCCUUCAUUUCUCUCAUUGACAAGGGGGGGCUUGCUUGGGUGUGGUAUUAUUCACUUCCUAUGCUUGAGAGAAACCAUUUCUCUUAUCAUGAUUUUUCUUUCGCAAAUGUAAUCGAAUAACUGUUUGUCUGAUUGGCAACUCUCUCUUAAAAAUGUAAUUGUUGUUUCCGUCGGGUCAGGUGAAAGUAGUGCCCCUCUUACAGUUUGUACAUUACAAUCUAAAGAAUACUAGAACAAGCCUUAUAGUUCUGGAAUCAUUUCAAUAGCCUUCUUUCUUUCUGAAGUGCAUCUUGAACAUGAAACUGAAGACUAUUCUUCUAUGGAUUCA